GCCAUCUGCUGAAGAUACACAGUCGUGUAGAGGUCUACUCGGUACUUUUGUUUUCCUUUUUGUUCAAAGAAACACUUCGCCAAUAUUCCGUUAAGAAUGGAGGACAAGACUAACUCCGGAAGCGCUGCAGUAUCUGAGAACCCGUCGUCGGGCUCCAGUCCUGCGAAGAAGGCGGCGAAAUCGAAGGCGAAAGCCCAACGAUCGAAAUCAUCGCAUCCUCCAACCUCCGAAAUGGUGAACGCUGCUAUCAAGGAGCUGAAGGAUCGCAAAGGAUCGUCGCUGCAAGCCAUCAAGAAGUACAUCGCGUCGACGUACAAGGUCGACGGCGAGAAGCUGGCGCCGUUCAUCAAGAGGUAUUUGAAGACAGCUGUCACUUCUGGAGCGGUCGUGCAAACCAAGGGAAAGGGUGCGUCUGGCUCGUUCAAGUUGUCCGCGCCGAAGGGCAGCGCCGAGACCAAGAGCAAACCUAAACGCGUGGCCAAGAAAUCCGAGGUCGCCGACAAGAAGCCCGCCGAGAAAAAGCCAGCUAGCCCGAAAAAGCCCGCCGCCAAGAAACCAGCUGCGAAGAAACCCGCCGCAGUCAAGAAGGCUCCAACACCCAAGAAGGUGAAAACUCCUGCUGCAAAGAAGGCCGACACUGCCGCGAAACAAAAGGCUGUCGCUCAGGCUAAAAGCCUGUCGAAAGCCAAAAAAGCCACCAAAUCCCCAGCGGCCAAGACGAAAACCCCGAAGCCGAAGACUGCUAAAUCACCAAAAGCCAAGGCUGCCGCGAAGAAGUAAUCGCUUCAUCAUGAUAAACCACUAUUGGCCCUUUUCAGGGCCACAAAAUCUAUAACGAAGGAACAAUCUGUUUACACCAA